AUGAACGUUAUCGAAUUGGGACGCAAAAUCGAUGGCAACGAUGUAUACGGUCGCGAAACCAGUUUUACAUGUACAGAGCGCACAUCACUGGCCGCUGUUGUUGGAUCAGCAAAAGCUUUGAAUGGAUCAGUUCUCACAGGUUCUGAAAUCAGCAAAUCAAUCGAUCGAAUUGGAAGUCCAACAUUGAAUAUCAAGUAG